AUGUGUAUUGCAAUAGCGUACACAAUGUCUCUAAUAAUUACAUAUUAUUAUAAGUACAUUUACAAGGAACCUUGCAUGACUUCAAUUUUAACGGGGGAGAUGUGGAUGAAAGAAGUGAUAAAUGGCCACCCUAUUCGAUGUGUCAAUGCAUUUAGGAUGGAGCCUCAAUUAUUUUUGAGAUUAUGUAAGGACUUAUCAUUAAAUUAUGGGUUGAAAGCUAGUAGUAACAUGCCUAUUUUUGAGAAAGUCGGCAUAUUUUUGUACGCAAUUGCUCAAGGUGCCUCAAAUAGAGUUCUUGGUGAGCGUUUUCAACGUUCUGGUGAUUCUAUUAGUAGAGCAAUUCAUGAAGUUCUUAAUUCAAUUUCUUGUCGAAAGGUGAAGAGUCUUGCACAUGAUAUUAUAAAGCCUUAUGAUCCCGAUUUCACAAGUGUGCCUGCAAAAAUAGCUCAAGAUAAAAGAUAUAUGCCAUUUUUUAAGGUAAGUACUACUUGGCUGAUAAAGGGUAUCCAGAUCGAAAGGGUUAUUUGGUACCAUAUCCCAAAACAAGGUACCAUCUAGAACAAUUUAAACACACACCUCCACGAGAUGAUCGAAAACUUUUAAUCGCUGGCACUCAUCUCUUCGAAGUUGCAUUGAGAGAUGUUUUGGAGUCCUGAAGCAGAGGUGGAAAGUACUUACUAACAUGCCACAAUAUAAUGUUGAAACACAAAUAUAAAUUAUGGUUGCUACAUUUGCAU